CUGUUCUUUCCAUUAGCUAUACCUGCGAUGUUUCUCUCUCAGCUGUGGCAGCUCAGCGCCUCACCUCUUUUUCAGAACAAUGGGCUUCGGAGCAAGGUCCAUUAGCGCUUGAAAGGGCGUGAGAGAAAGUAAUGCGUGGCGUUUUAAUAGACGAUGAGAGGGAGUUCAAAGCACCUCUGCACCACCUGACUUCCUUGGGACGGUCCCACAGCUGCGUGUUUUUCUCUGCAUGGGAAUGGAGCAGGCUCGCCCAUUAAAGAAAAGAGAUUAAAUCAGAUUAAUACCAAGAUUACAGACUAUAUUUGACCAAAUAGAAAAAGGCGAGAACAUUUCAAAAAGCUAUUUUUCCUGCGUUAUUGCCUUUACUGGAAGCGCAAGGAGGGAGAGGGGAACAGGGAGCACGCGUCCAAUACGGAGGAGCUGCAAAUGUGCGCGCUUUAAUUCACAAGAUUUUUUCGCUUCAUUACAACCCGCCUUGUUGUAGGCUAUUUAAAACAAACGUGUAGCCUACAGGGGAAGCGCCCUCUCGGAUGUAUCGAAGCGUACGGUAAGGAUGCUGCGCUCACUAGGAGCAGGUGUAUUCAGCCAAGUGGAGGCGCAGGGCACAGAGCAGGAACGACGCACGACAAACGCCAAACCACAACAUCGCCUGCUACAAAAGGAAAACACCUCAUCUUGAGACACGCUGCUUGAUAACGCGCCUCUUCCAAUCAUAAUGAAGGGAUUCAUCUUUGUAAGUGACAUAUGGUAGGAGAGGAAUUUGGGCACCCUGAACCAGCUGGACGCUUAGCGCUGAUGGAAAUAUAGUGAUAACAAAAAAGAAACCUAAAGGACUACUCUUCUGGCUUUUCACUGAAAUCAAUAUUUUUCUAAUCAAGGACAUAAUCAUAUGCAAGUAUGCCUGGAGCACUUCUGUCAGCGGAGUCCCUUUACAUCGGGAUGGAGGUGCUGAUUGCAGUCGCGUCAGUAAUCGGGAAUGUGAUGGUGGUAUGGGCGGUGAAAAUUAAUAAGUCGUUGCGAGAUAACACUUUCUGCUUUAUCGUGUCCCUGGCCCUGGCGGAUAUUGCAGUGGGAGCCCUCGUCAUCCCGCUGGCCAUCACCAUCAGCAUCGGACUCCAAACUCACUUUUACAGCUGCCUUCUGGUCGCGUGCACGGUGCUGGUGCUGACGCAAAGUUCAAUCCUAGCCCUGCUGGCUAUUGCGAUCGACCGCUAUCUCAGGGUCAAGAUCCCGACCAGGUACAAGCAGGUGGUGACCCCUCGACGAGCAGGACUGGCAGUGGUGAUAUGCUGGACAGUCGCUUUCAUAGUGGGCCUGACACCCAUGUUAGGCUGGAACAACCUGCGCCGCCUCCAGCAGAACGGCUCCAUCGGCUCUGACCUUGUCAUCACCUGUCGGUUUGAAAACGUCAUCAGUAUGGACUACAUGGUGUAUUUCAACUUCUUUGGCUGGGUGCUGCCGCCACUGGUGCUCAUGCUGGUCAUCUACGCAGAGAUCUUCUACAUGAUCCACAAGCAGCUAAAUAACAAGAAGCUCACCAGCAGUCACACGGACCCCAACAAGUACUAUGACAAGGAGCUGAAUCUUGCUAAAUCAUUGGCGUUGGUCCUUUUCCUCUUUGCCAUCAGCUGGCUCCCCCUCCACAUCAUCAACUGCAUCACCCUCUUCUGCCCUAAUUGUGAGAAGCCUAUCGUCCUCCUCUAUAUCGCUAUCCUGCUCACUCACGGCAACUCUGCUGUCAACCCUAUCGUCUAUGCUUUCCGCAUUAAGAAGUUCCGCACGGCCUUCAGGAAAAUCUGGCAGCAAUACUUCUGCUGCAAGGACACGCCGGCUCUGGAGAUUCAGCCCAGCGACAGGAAAGAGAUGCCCAAUCCUGAGCCACAGCAGGCGGCACCAGCACAGAAGGAGUUCUUAAAGCCGGAUCUGCUGCAACAGCAGCAGCUGCCUCCAUCUGAGCAGCAGCCGGACCAGAGAACCGAACCUCCUCAGGAACCCAAAGAGCAUCCGCCCUCCCUGGAGCAGCACACUGUCUAAUCAAGGAAAGCAGAUGAUUGCUGGCUGGGAAAGUGAUAAUCAGUGCACGAGCAUUGUUUCUCUCCUCCAUUGAAUGUAGUCCAAUGAGGAGUAUGAGAUGCUUCGAUGCUGUAGAGACAGAGGAGACUUGGAUCUUAAAUCUCCAGCACUGGAAGAUGGUUCAUCCAUAAUGGUUUAUGUUUCUUCAGCAGUUGUGGAUUUACUGAAAGGUUUGAUGAAAAGGCUAUCUUGCAAUAAUGGAGCUUUUUCGACAGUGCUGUCUCUCUUAGUAACAGACUGAAGGCUUUAAUGUUUUAUACAACAUGUGCUGAUGUGGUUUACCAGUAUUAGAUUAUCAUAGAAUGAAAGUUUCGUGUUAGAGCAGGAUCAUCUUCCUGCUGUAUAGCUGUGUGUAUGUGUAAACUGACGGUGACUGAAAAAUCUGAAUGUAAUUAUAAUGUAAAUAAGACUUUGACAGCAUAGCUGUUAACGCUCAACUCUUCUUCAGGGUCUUAAUCGCACAACAGUGAUCGCACAAGCAGCACUAUGGGAGAGAUUUUUGCAGCAAGAAGGUGUGUAUGAGCUGGUAGAAGGGUUUUGUAAUCCCCUAACUCUUCUCUACUGGAGCUGAGUCCCUCAGUGAUCCAGUAGCGCUGAUCCAUUACAGAAGAGAUGGGCAAGGAUAAGACACGAGCAGCUGCAGGAAACAGGAGGUUUUAACCUUUUUAGAAGCUGCCUGCAGGAGACUCGUGGCUGUAAGACGACAGCUACUCAUGUGGGAGAAAGACAAGAUGCACUUAAGCUCAUGUUUAUCCAGCCUUCAUCCCAGCUGGAGGUAGGAGCAGCAGGGUUUUUAUUUAUUUUUAUUUUUUUACCUUCAUAAACUGAAUAUAACAUUCUCACAUCUUACCACUAGAUACAGUGGCUUCCAUGGCCUUAUUCACUCAUUUCCAGUAUGGACUGUAUUAGAAGAAAACAAACUGAAGAUCGUGCGUAUCUGUUAUAAAAUGUUAGCUUCAUUUUUUUGCUUUAUUCGAAACUUGGACAUUUGUAAAGUAGAAAUGAAACUACUUCCAAUGCCACUGACGUACAUGUAUGCGAAUGUAAAUUACUCCGUUUUAUCUCUUGUAAAGACUCAGAGCUCUGGCCAAGGCAGUUCCUAAAUGACAAUCUCUUAUGUUAGCAAGGUUUGCAUAUAUACAGAUUAUUGUCUUGGUUAGCAUCUUUAAACUGGAGCAGAACUUUUUUUUAUGUUAACUGAGGCAAAAAAGUGUCAACAGAAUCCCUGAUAGAAGCACAUCAUCUGUAUCUUGAUUUUCCUUUGAAGUGUACCAGCAAGGUGGACUGUGACAACACAAAAAUGGUUGAAUAAAUGUGAAAAAUA